AUCCGGCCAGCAUGUCGGCACCUACUUCACCACACGACUCGCGCAGCGGCGACGCACAAGCUGCUGCCUCUUCGAGCCAUCGCGACGAGCGCCGCAGCGACCGGCGCGACGACGGCGAGCGCCGCGACAGAGACGAGCGCGGCCACAGCUCGCGGCACCGCGCCGACCGCCAGCGCUCCGAGCGGCGCCGUGAUGACCGCGACCGCGAGCGCUCAGACAGACAUCGAGACGACCGCCAGCGCUCGGACCGGCGGCACGACGAGCCUGACCGCCGCUCGGACCGCGACCGCAGAGACAGAGACCGCGGUAGCGAGCGGGAGGAGCGAUCGUCGCGGCGCGAGCGCAGCCGUAGCCGCAGCCCGCAGCGCUCGCGGCGGCGCAGUCGCAGUCGAUCGGCGAGCAGCGACAGCGGCAGCAGCAGUAGCGACAGCGAGGACGAGGAGGCGCGCAGACGUCGGCGGCGCAAGGAGAAGGAGCGCCGUCGGGAGAAGGAGGGCAGCAGCAGGCAUCGCGAGAGUCGCGAGGAGCGCAAGCGGCGCAAGAAGGAGAAGAGACUCGCUAAAGCGUCCAAGGGCGCCAUCCUCGAGUACGGCAAGCACGGCAUCAUCUCCGAGUCCGACGUCACAUCGCGCUUGACGGCCGAGUUCCGCCAGUGGCUCGUAGAGGAGAGGCACAUCAAUCCCGAGACGAUCCCGAAGCAGGCCGAGCGCAAGGAGAUGAGCCGCUUCAUCGAGGACUACAAUACGGCGACGCUGCCGCUGGACAAGUACUACGACCUCGAGGCGCACGAGCGACGCAUGGCCAUGAUUCGCGCCGGCGAGACGCUGCCCGUCGAGGGUGCGUACGAUCCAGCUGCCGACGAGGCGGCCGCGACGGCGGCAUAUCGUGCGCGGCGUCGCGACGCGGAGUCGAAGCUGGCGGGCAAUGAGACAUGGCAGAGCCGCGAGCAGCUCGAGGAGCUGCGCCGCAUCCAGGCAGAGCGCAUCGAGGUCGGCAAGAUGAAGCAGCUUGGCAUGCAGACGUCGUCCAAGAUGGGCGUGCGCAUGGACUCGAAGUUCCAGUAGCACCGCGAGCUCUGACGAUCCCGGCACUAGCAAUGUAACUGCUCUCGACGCCCCGUGCGAGGAGCAGGACUGCAUCUGCGCAUGCUGAAGAAGAGGGUGCCGCACCUCAUGCGCCCCGAUCAGCGCCCGGCACCGCAGAUCCGCCGGCGGCCC